CACUGACUGUAAAACAACCACAACCAGUCUUUUGGGAGCUGGAAACAUGAUAAUUUAAAAAACAAGCAAGCAAGCAAACAAACAACAAUACAAACCCUCUGUGUUCAAAUCUGGGCAUGAUUUGACAUUGAACCCCCAGCGAUGCGAACUAUGUGUGAAGCGCCUAGGAAGGGGAAAUCAUCGAGCCUAGUGCAGACACCAGUGAGGAGAGUUAAGUGAGUUCAUGUGUGCCUGGGACAUGGCACAGGCCUAGUCAGCAGUGGCAACAAUAAGUCAACCCCCUCAUCUGUAUCACCGGCAUCUUGAGUUACUCAGAGAUGCCAAGGAUCAGAACUCUGGAGUUACUCUGGUUCUGCUCUGCCCCAAACCCUCCUGAGUUCAGAACUUUUAGGAUUGUUGACAUUGACCAUGGAGCAUAAAGGAGCCCUUCCCAACUCUGUUCAUAUCUUAUGCAAACACUAUCUCAAAAAACAAAAACAACACCAAAACACAAAUAAACAGAAAUUUCACACACACACACACACACACACACACACACACACACACACACACACAAAUACACAAAUCACCAACCAAAAAGAGAAACAACUUCCCCAAACUUUUAUUGACUAGAAGCUUUUGAAUUUUGUAAUCAUGGACAAGAAGCUAUAGGAUGUAGCAAGCACUGUGUAACAGAACAGAGCAGGAAGCUUAUUCGUUGGGAUUAGUAACAUUUUUGUAUCUAACAUGUUCAUUCAUUAUCUGAGAAGAGUCCCUAAUAUGAUUUCCAUCAUACUACAUACUGCUCAACUACAGCAGUGUUUUUAAUGAGAAUGGUCUCCAUAGACUCAUAUAUUGGAAUGUUUGGUCCUCAGUUGGUGGAAAUCUUUGGGAAGAUGAGACCGGGUGGCCUUAUUGGUGGAGCUCUGACACUGGUGACAGCUUUGAAGUUUCAAAAGACUAGAAAUCCCUGGUAUCCCUCUCUACCGCCUGCUUGCAGCUCAAGAAGCACACUCUCCGCUGCGCCUGCCACCAUGCCUGUGCUCUGCCAUCGUGGGCUCUAACCCCCUGGAAGCAUAAGCCCCAAAUUAAUUGCCUUCUUUUAUUUGUUUGUCCUGGCCAUGGUGUCUUAUUAAGGCAAUAAAGUGGCUAAGACAUCUGCCUUGCUAACAUUGCUCCAAGAGUCAGAACAAUUCACAAGAAACACUGGGUGUCAGUUACUGUUUUCUUACUGUGACAAAAAGCAGCUUGGGGUGGGGGUUGAUGUCCUCAUCCACAGUUCCGAAGAAUGAAGUUCAUCAUGGAGGGAAGGUGUGUCUGCAGGGGUGGUCUGGUCCCUGCAUGGACCAGGAAACAGAAACAGAUAAAGGAAGGCCUGUGCUAGGCUUGGAUUCUCCUCUUUGUCUUUUUCUUGUUCCCAAGACUCCAGCCCAUGUAUGAUGCUGCCCACAUUCAGAGUGUGCCUCCCUUCCUCAGCUAAACCUUUCUAGAAACACCUUUACAACAUGAGCAAAGGUUUGCUUCAUUAACGCCACAGGAAUUUAUUAAUCUAAUCAAGUUGGCAAAAUUAACUAUCAUAUUCUGUAAUCAUCUCUAAGACCACAAUGUUCCCUGGGCAUGUAUGAGCUACUAUGCUAUGGGUCCACACUGUUGAUGUGGUUAAUUUUCAUGACAAUUCAAUGGAGGGGGGGACUUUGCAUAUACUUAUCUUUUUAUUUUUCAUAUGGAGACACUGAGAGACUGGUGUUGACUACAGAGAGAUGGCUAAUAAUGGAAAAGCAGAACCUAGAAGGGACUGUGCAAAGAGCUAUGCGCUUAGUAUGCAAAGCAUGCUAACUAUUAAAAAACAAGAGAUGACAGCUCCACAAAGCUAAGUGAGCAACCAGAUCUUCAUAUGGGAGUGCAUCUCCUGGAGUAAGUGCAGAAGCAUGGGUUCCUUCCAUCUCAUCACACGGUGUGUGGCACUGAUGUGGCGCCAGGACCUUCCCAGUACUGAAGAUUCUCCUGUUUGCGGUGGGAAGGCAGGAACCUGUCUACCGCUUGUGUCUAGCCUGAGUUGACUAGUGGCUGGAAUGAACUCCAUGCACUCUUUGCAGUCUGAGAAUCCAGCACUGGACACGAAUAACUAUCAGGAUUAUUCCCCAAGAGACUCCAGAACUCAAGUUUAACUCAUACUUCCUCCUGUGCCCUCAGCCCCUUACCAGCUCCCUUGAACCAUUGUGCGUGUUAUUACUUAAGCAAGCAGAAAGGGUAUUUGCGCACUUACCCCAUCAACCUGCAGUUACAAAUGUGGUCAGGCCUUGUCUGAACAUGAUGAUCCAUUUCCCUCCUUUCCAUAAUAAUUCUGUCUUCGUGAAGUCACCCUUGCUUGGAUUUUGGAAUCGAGAGGCUGAGGCUGACUCACUCAGUGUGUGACACCCUGUCACCUCCCGCCUUUUGUCCAGAAAGCACCGGGCCCACAGGCAUGUAGGUAUCAAUGAUGAGCGUCCCGGCUGCCUCCACAGUGCUGUCUUGUUCCCUGUUCUGCAGUUCUGAGUCUGCUCAUGGGAAUGCCUCUGUAUCCUGCAGAGUGGUGAGGAGGUAAGGUGACAUCCCAGCAGGGCAGGGACAGAGCUGGCUGGCUUGGGGGAAUUUUGUGAUGUCAGGGAAGCGCUGUGACAACCCCGGCUUUGUACCACUGCCACCGGAGCAGUUAUGAACCAGGAAGCAGUUAUGAACCAAAAUGCCAAUGGAAUGGCAGCUUUAGAAGCCUUUGGAGUCCAAAGUUGGAAGUAGAAACAGGUAGAUCUCACAUCAGAGCAUGCGCUGACCUUCUGCUCUCUUCCUGCUGGAUCACAAGGGUUUUGAACUUUGUCACUGAUUUGUUCCUUGCAUUCAAUACUUUGCAUCAUGUUCUUUUUGUCCCCUUUGUCCUUUAAGGAUAAGAGGGGUCAAAGGAUAGGAGCACCUCCAUUGCCUGGCGAUCGGCCCCCCACAGAGCUCUGGACUGUGAAGCGACUCAGCAGUGAUUCCUAGAGUUUCCAGAAGUGGCGACUGUCCAGCAGAGCAGUCCUGAACCCCUGGCUGUCUUCCUGAGAUGCCAGCCUGGGCACUCUGGAGGGAAGAGACUUCAAACUUCUAAAACCAGUAGCAGCCAGUGAUUGCACUUAUGCUUAGGUGAGGCGUACAUCUACCACUGUGGAAAAUAUUUCUCUACUUCUGUUUGCUUCAUUUGGAAACUACCCAGGAAAAGCCAUGGGCUUAAGCAUUAGCAUAAUAAAGAUGAUAGAGCUCUCUUCUUGCUCCAUCUGCAAUAAAAUGAUGUCUCACCCAGUGAGGAUCAACUGUGGACACAGCUAUUGCAAAUCCUGCAUAGAGAGGGACUGUAACAAAGUCAGCUCAGAGACAGGAUUGAAGAUAAAACUGAGCUGUCCUUUGUGUGGGAGUCCAUUCAGUUUAGAGAACCUCCAGCCCAACAAGGAUCUGGAAAACAUAAUUGAUGUCAUCAAGGAGAUGGAAGAGGAGGCCAAUAAGAUGCUAUGUAAUGAUCAUUCAGAGAAGCUUGAUCUCUUUUGUGAAGAUGAGGGUCAGCUCCUCUGCUGGCGCUGUAACUGGGAGGAUAGGCACAAAGGUCAUUCCGUGGCUCUUGUGGGAGAUGUGUACCGGGGCUACAAGGAAAAGCUCCAGGAAACUGUAAAAAAAUUGAGUGAACUCCAAGAAAACAACAGAGCUCAGCUACGUCUCAUGACAAAACAAAUCAAGGACUGGAAGGCUGCCAUAGAGGUUCAGAGGCAAAGAAUCCACUCCGACUUUAAGAAUCUCCAGCGUUUUCUACAUGAAGAAGAGAAGUCUUACCUUUGGAGGUUGGAGAAUGAAGAAGAGCAGGUGCUGAGGAGUCUGAAGGAUGCUGAGGCCAAUCUACAGAAGAAGUGUGAGGAAACUGAAAGCCAAAUUCUGAAACUGGAGGGAAAAUGUGCGGGCCCAGCCCAGGAUAUACUGCAGGAUGUGAAAAACACUUUGAGCAGGUUUGAGACUGUGGAGCCAGAACCAUUGAAGGCCGAACUCCCGGAGGUUCGGACCACAUGUAAUGUUUCUGAGCUUUACUUUGAUGUGAAGACAUUGUUAAGAUGCCACCAAGUCAGUGUGACUCUGGACCCAAGCACAGCCCAUCGUGACCUAACUCUGUCUGAAGAUCGAAGACAAGUGACUUACAAACGAUGCCACGAGAAUCUUGAGGCUUCUACUGAGAGAUUUGAUGUUUUACCCUGUGUCCUGGGCUGUGAGGACUUUACUUCAGGAAGACACUACUUUGAAGUGUCUGUUGAGAAUGCAACCACUUGGGAUGUGGGAGUCUGUGUAAAGGAUGUGCCAAGGGGCUUUGACAGGAAGGAGGAGCCUGAAUUUGGAUUCUGGACCAUCAGGAUGUGUAAAAAGGAUGGCCUUGGAGCUCUGACUUCUACCCCUACUUCCCUUCAUCUGAGUGAGAAGCCCCAGCUGGUGGGAGUUUUUCUAGACUAUGAGGCUGGGCUUGUAUCCUUCUACAAUGGGACCUCUGGCUCCCACAUCUUCACCUUCCCCAAGGCUUCCUUCCGGGAUACUCUGAGGCCCUUUUUCCAGGUUUAUGAACAUUCUCCUUUGUUCCUGCCUGCCAGAAAUGAUUAAGGGAAGGGGUAAAGUCCUCACGGUGAAAACAUCACAGAAAAUACGUAAAUCCCAUAAGGCAGAAACUUGAAUGUUUUCUUCACUGCUGUCCCAAUGCUUUUGAUGAACAUUCAGUAAAUGUGCAUUGAUUUGAUUUUUGGAAAGGCUAAAAAUAUCAUACAUGGUCAGCUUCAGGGAAAGGAAAACAAAAUAAUAGUGGUAAUUGUCUUUUUUUUUCUCCUUCUCUCUUGUGUAGUGAUUCUCAACCUUCCCAAAACUGGGACCCUUUAAUACAGUUCCUCAUGUUGUGGUGACCCCAACUAUAAAAUUAUUUUGUUGCUACUUCAUAACUGUGAUUUUGCUACUCUUAUGAAUCAUAAUAUAAAUAUUUUUGGAGAUAGAGGCUUACCAAAGGGGUAGUGACCCACAUUUUGAGAACCACUGCAUUUUGUGGGUUCAGGACUUUGAAUUCAGUACUCUUUAUAGUUGUGAUAAAAUGACUCCAAGGUCAAGUUUUUGAGUCUUUACAUUUUUUUUUUGAUGUGUUUCAAACUCCAGUAUGAGAAAUGAACUAAUGGCAGUGUCUUUUAACUGAAUAAAGGAACAAGAACUGAAAAUAACAUCAGCUUAA